AUGGCGAGUACCCAGAAGGAAAAAAGUUCGGCCAUUGAUUCUUUCGUGGCACAUUGGCCGGAAGAGAUGGAUAAAUAUGAGAAGCUCGCGAGACACACGGAAGCAAUCUGCACAAAUAAGCUGAAGAUGGGUAAUAUUCGCCACACGGUCAAGAGCCGCCCGAAGGCGCAAAGCAAUCUCGAGGAUUCAAUUAGGAGGAGGCAGAAUCGAAGAGCGCAACCAUACCAAGAUUGGGAGGAGAUAAAGCACGAUAUGAUUGAUCUUGCUGGUGUCCGCAUUACGCUUACGUUCCCGAAUGAUCAGUAUAAAGUGCGUCGAAUGAUUCAGGAAACCUUCGAUCCGUAUCUCAACCCAUGGGACGACAUCUCCUGCUCGGAUUUGGAAAGGAGUAUCAUCGAUUGGAGCGACAUCAAGAGAAAUCGUGAAAACGGAAACGAUGAAAAAUGGCCUCUAGGCCUCAAAUCACUCCACUUACGAUGCAAACUGAAGAAAGACGAUGAACAGUUUUCGGAAUAUAAAGGUCUCGCUGUCGAAAUCCAAGUUGGAACCGGCUUUAUGUAUGCUUUGGAGGACGUCUACCAUGAUGUUGUCUACAAGCCAUACUUCGGUCAGAUCACUCUAGAGGAAGUGCGAUUUAUCGGAAUCCUAGGCGGGCUGGCACACACUGGGGAGCUGGCGCUCAAACAGCUAAGCGCAUCGCUUAGUUUAAGGACGGAGCUAGAUAAUAAGCCAUUCAAGCAUCUUAACCAAAGGCAUGGCUGCACAAGGCUUUUUUUAUUGUCGAAUAAUGACGAUGUAGACAGCCGAUUAUUUGAUAUCGAGUGUCUUUACGAACUGCUACCGUUGCUCAACCUCGAUACGCCGUCUGAUUUAUGGCCGGUGAUUGCCUCCUCUCGAGAUGAUAUUAUCCGCUCAAGGCAUAUUCUUAACAUCUUGCUUGUCGGGGUAGGAUAUUCUAUGACCCUUAUCUCGUUCACGUCAUUUGGGAAGAUCGCCUACACUUCUGGUGCCGGAAGCAGGAAUCGCCGGUAG